GUCAGUGUCGUAAAAGUUGAGAAAGAAAAGUGAAAAUUUUCGGUGCAAUUUAUAACCCUUCUCGCAUUUAGUUUGCUAAUCCUGUUCUCAACACCUUUCAACCUUCGGUGAAACUGGAAAAACCACCAACGGAUGUGCGGUGCGCUUUCGAACGCGUAGCUGAAAAACUUCGAUUGCCUCACUGAACUUUUAGCUGAGUGGUCUGAGGAUUUUAUCGGUCGGAGGUGGUCAUCACCCGAGUGGAGCAGAAAAGCACCAGCCACAAACUAUGUUCAAGAGUCGUAGUGAAGGAAAUGUUGUUUAUAAGUGCACGGUUCGACUGCUGGAAGAUCUCGAUGUCUUGGAAUGUGAAUUUCAGCCACAUCACAAGGGCGGUUUUUUGUUGGACUACAUCUGCGAACAACUGGAGAUCACCGAGAAGGACUAUUUCGGGCUUCGAUUUGUCGACUCCGCGAAACAGAGGCACUGGCUGGAUCUGGCAAAAACGAUUAUCAAACAAGUAAAAGAUGUCGAGCCCCUGGUACUGUCCUUCCGUGUUAAAUUUUAUCCAGCCGAUCCAUGCCGGCUAACGGGCUACGGGAAGGUGAUGCUGUUCCAACAAUUGAAACGAGACUUACGACACGGUCGAUUGUACUGUUCGAUCGGAGAAGCAGCAGCACUCGGGGCACUGAUCGUUCAAGAUGAACUUGGCGACUUCGACCCGGAAACACACACAGGCGAGUACGUGUCGUCGCUGAAAAUUGCUCUUCGUCAGACCGAGCAGCUGGAGAAGAAAGCAAUGGAGCUGCACCGGAAGCGUGAACCGGGGCAGGAAACAGCGGCCGUGUUCGAUGAGUUUGUUGGGAUAGCGCGAAGUCUCGAAACCUACGGUAUCGAUCCGCAUCCGGUGAAGGAUCACAGGGGUACGCAGCUUUAUCUGGGGAUAAAUUUCUCCGGCAUUAGCACAUUUGCUGCGGGACGACGAGCGCAGCAUUUUCGGUGGCCGGAAGUGCACAAGAUCAAUUUCGAAGGCAAAAUGUUCAUCAUUCAUCUUGCGUACACGGACGAUAGGCGAGAAGUGAAAAAGCACACGGUUGGUUUUAAGUGCCCCUCUGGAUCAGCAUGCCGAUAUGUUUGGCGAUGUGCCAUAGAACAAAUGUUAUUCUUUACUCUUCCAACAAGCCAACAAGCAUCGGUAAUGUCCGGUGGUGGAUUUUUCUCCUGGGGUACCAAAUUCAGAUAUUCCGGACGAACUGAACGCGAAAUCUUGUCCGAAUCUCUCAACGCUCUUCGACAACAGAAACUGAACAACACCAGUCCCAGCAAGAGGAAAGCCCAGAGUGUUCCAGCAACUCCUUCUAGUCCCCAAGGUGAUUUAGCGGAAAUCCGUAAGUCGCGAUACAGUAGCCUUCCACGAUCAACGAUGUCUGAGCCACUUGGUGGCUGCAAUGAUCACCACAUGGCAUCGUCUGUUUACUGCACCGAUAACCCACUGCCAACGUUGGAAACCGUUUCGGAGGAGGCGCGCAAGACAAAUGGUGAAAGUAACGAUCACCUUUCGGAUUAUUACUUCCGGGAUUCGUUUGAUCAUUCCUCUUCCGAGUCUGGGUUCACUACCAAUGUGAUUGAGAACAGACUCGGUUCGCAUCUGCUUCAUCGCCAAGCUUAUACUUCCGAUAACAUUUCAUCGCUGGCGAUGCACAACAUGGCGAACAAUUCCGCCUUGAUUCAGCAACAGAAUGCCAGCAACAGUGCGAAAAAUGUGAAAAAGUUUUCCCUCAUCCAAGCGUUUGUGCCAUCGUUUUUCUUCGUGGUUGUGGUGCUGGCGGUGUCGGCUGUUUACAUUUUGGAAUCCGACUCGGAGAUGUUCAGCACGAUGAAGAACUGGCCGGAGAUGAUCUGCUUGCGCUAUCAGUAUUACCAACCGUUGAAAGAGUUCUUGGCGAAAAAGUUCGGCGCCAUAUUUUGAUUCGUUUUGGUGCAGCCAAACGGCGAUGGUGGCUCGGAUAGAGGCGAUGACGAUGGGUACUAUCCGAGGGCGGUAAGCUACACGGAGGGUCGCGAGCCGGGUGGCAACGAUAGUCAGAUGACACUGACAUUGACGCUACCGAUCACGAGGCAGAUGUAGAAGUCGAUCGAAUAAGAAAACACGUGCGCUUGAUCGUUCAUAUCAAUUUUACAUUUAUUGUAUGUACAUAUAUCAGUAUUGUUGAGUAUGAGUAUUUGGAAUUAUUUUCAGUAUUUUAAAAUGCUUUUAACCUAUUGAACGGAAAUGAGUUGUUUAACAGGUGCUAUUAGACUUUCAGUUGUAUUCCUAAUAUUUAGUUAAGACGUAUGUUAAGAUAAUUCCUAGAAUACCAUUUAUUCUUGUACUAUCCUAUAGUUGAUUAUUGGUUUUCAUAUUCCUCCAGUUAGUUGGUUCGUUAGUUAUUUAUUAUGAUAUAAAUUUCCAUCGGAAUUUUACUUUUUCAUAUUUGACCAAAUUAGGAAAAGUUGAACAUACUACAUUGUUCAUACACAUAUAUCAUCAUUGAGAGCAUAAUUUUGCAUCGCUAUCAUGUUUAAAAUUGCGCCCUAACGAAACGCAAAGCCUUGCAAAUAUCACCUGUUCUUUUGAAAAAUUCGGCAUCAUUUAUUUAAAAUGCCAAACAGCUUAUUCGGUUUAUAGAAUGCGUUUCCAGAUAAUCAUAGUGAAGGAAUGAACAUUUCAUAGUUUUCCUACAAUUACAAAAAAGGAAACUAUAGAUCAUUGGGUCAGUUUCUACGUGAAAUUGAAUGGAGCACGCUACUGCAGGACUGUGAUAUCAACAACUCUACUUUCUAACAUCUUGCUGUACGCAAUCGAUCAAUACGUUCCCAAAACCAUCGUUAAAAUGCAAAAAAAAACUGAAUGUUUCACCUUCAGCUGGAGAAAUUAAAAUCGAUGGAUGGAACCGCUUUGAAACGUUAUUAGCAAACAACAGUUUGUAGCAAAUAACGGUUAUAAACAUCUCAACAAGCAUUUAUACCUAAGCUUUCAACGCGAAAUUCAAUGUAACCUGAAAUCAGACCUUCAAAAGUUUUAGAAAUACAGUCACAAGCUGUGGAAAGAUUCAAGCUCCUCUCUUACGGUAUCGAAGGAUGAUACUGAAGCCUCAACAAUCGUAGAUAUCCUAAAUCUUUUCCGCGGUCAUUUCAAUGGUGCUUUUGUUGAAGAAUAAAUUUUUGAUGCCGACAUUGUCGUUUUAGAUUAAGACGUUCCCUUAUUCCUAGGCAGUGGACACUUAUGCAGUUUGCUGGAAAAAGUCCUUUGUAUUUCCGGUAUUUAAAACGGGAAAUAGACGAUUGGUUUCCAACUUGAUAUCAUGACGCACCAUUGCCUCAGUUAUAUCUCGGAACAUAAACACGGGUACACCCUGAAACGUUCAACUUCAACUAAUUUGGCUACACAACCUCAGUUAAUCCAGGAAAAGAAACGAGGUAGCCAAACUAAC